GUCCUGCGGCUCCGCGCUCCACGCGCCGGCCGGGGUCGCGCCGGGCUGCUGGGUGCUGGUCGUUCCGGCUGCUCCCGCGUCGGAGGAGCCCGUGGGUUCACAGGUGUUACUUUUAUAAAAACACUAUUUACCAGAAGAGAGGCUUGGGUCUUGCCUCACUCACAGGGAGAACUCUGGAUUUAGUUUGAACUUCUUGUCCUGGAAGCUGUGCGUCACCAUAAUGAGGCUUGUAAUCCUUGAUAACUAUGACCUGGCUAGUGAAUGGGCAGCCAAAUACAUCUGUAACCGCAUCAUUCAGUUCAGACCUGGACAGGACAGAUAUUUUACACUGGGUUUGCCAACAGGGAGUACACCUUUAGGAUGUUAUAAAAAACUUAUAGAAUAUCACAAGAAUGGAGACCUUUCUUUUAAAUAUGUGAAGACCUUUAACAUGGAUGAAUAUGUAGGACUUCCCAGAAAUCAUCCUGAAAGCUACCACUCUUAUAUGUGGAAUAACUUUUUUAAGCAUAUUGAUAUAGAUCCUAAUAAUGCUCAUAUCCUUGAUGGGAAUGCUACAGAUUUGCAAGCAGAAUGUGAUGCAUUUGAAAAGAAAAUAAAAGAAGCUGGAGGAAUUGAUCUUUUUGUUGGAGGAAUUGGUCCAGAUGGUCAUAUUGCUUUCAAUGAGCCAGGAUCCAGUUUAGUAUCAAGGACAAGAUUAAAGACGCUAGCAAUGGACACCAUUUUGGCAAAUGCUAAAUAUUUUGACGGAGAUUUAUCAAAAGUGCCAACUAUGGCUCUAACAGUUGGUGUGGGGACAGUGAUGGAUGCUAGAGAAGUGAUGAUCCUCAUUACAGGCGCACACAAGGCAUUUGCUCUCUACAAAGCAAUAGAAGAAGGAGUCAAUCACAUGUGGACUGUCUCAGCUUUCCAGCAGCAUCCCCGAACUAUUUUUGUAUGUGAUGAAGAUGCUACUUUAGAAUUAAGAGUUAAAACUGUGAAAUACUUUAAAGGUUUAAUGCAUGUGCACAAUAAACUUGUGGAUCCACUGUACAGUAUGAAAGAAGGAAAUUGAAGGAGAUUGGAUCAAAAUUCUGCUUGAAUGAACAGAACACUUUUAUACAUAUAUGAAUUUUCAGCUAUGCAAUAUGAAUUAAAACUUGGGGGAUUUUUGAAUAUUGUCAUUUUUGAAGUCUAAUAUCUAUGUUAAACAUUCCAUAUUUACAAUGUGUCCAUUUUAUACUAAGGUUUAGGAGAAAUAAUUGGCUUUCAUGGUUGAUCAGCUACUUGUUACAGAAGCCACACUGUCAAUGUACCACCACAGAAAUGUCUGCCUAUUUACAAAUUUUAAAUCGUUUUAAAGGUGACUUCUGUACAUCAAGUAUUCAUAUGACUCCAGUGGCAUUAUUAGACUUUAAUUUUUUAAUAACGGGACGACACUCCAAGCCUUUCAGGUAUCAUACAACUAUCACUGCAAGCCUUUACUUCCAAAUGCUAUCUUUAUUUUCUCUGCAUUACACACAAGCUUUCUGCACGUGGUUGCCUUGGUCAUCUUUCUACAGUAGCAUCUGGACAUCAGAAGUCCUGUUAAAUAUUGUUGGUACAGAAAAUUUGAAGAGAUGGCAGUGCCUAAAACUACAGUUAUGUCCUUUUGGAAAGUAUGUAUUAAGUGCAUGUUUUUUGUGCACCGUCGUCUAGCACUUUUUUUUCUUUUUUUUACAAAUGUGACCUUAGUUUUAUUUAAUGACUUGGGUUCAGGCACUUAAUAUAAGUAUUUUGGCAAUUAUGAGCUUUAUACCUAGAAACACACUGAAGAAAAAUUUUUUUAAGAAAAAUUAUUAUUAAACCUCUUAAACGAUUAGCUUUAUUCCUUAUAUAUAUAUAUACUGUAUAAAAGGAUAUGAUAAAAUAUAAAAGGAAUUACUGUAAACUAUUUUAGAUUGCAUAACCAUUUGCAUCAUUAAAUUGCAAAUAAAAGUAUAUUGUUUUCUAUCUUUAACUCAAAUAAAGCUUGUAAUAAACAAA